GUUCGCCAUAUCACCACCACCACCACUACCACCAAAGAUUAUUAGGUAAGCAGCGUGCUAAUAAUAUCAGUGGCAGUCGCUUUCACCAAUUCCCGAGCCUGCUCUUGCCACCAGUCCCGUACCUGCUAUUCCUCUGAGGGUUAAGCUCUGCUGCGAACUGCUACAUUUUUUUCUGUACACAUCGUGCUAAAAGGUUCUUGGUGCUAGAACACCCGUUCUGUCAUUGGCCAGAAACUGAAUUAGGAACCGGAAGACUUAGGAAGUCAUAUAUUUUUUUUUGUUGCCGUACAUUUUCAGUUUGUUUUACUUUCACUAUGACUACGACAAUCGUCUUGGCUUCCCCGAAUUACGCUGCAAACGAAUCCAAGUUUGCUACUUCCUUGGCCAAAUUCCAGGCGAAUUCUACGGAUGCCAGUCAUCAGAGGGACAUUCAUAUGAUUGACCGCAUUGCUGGUAAUUUGGCAUCUCUUACUGUCAAUGCAUACGAUCGUGGAUUGUUAUUUUUGGAUGAAAGCACUACGUUAGAGGAAAUAAAGGCUAUCCUGCCAAAACUGUUUGCUGCCGUACAUCCUGGAGCUGCUCUGAGUGUGGACGGAGUGUUUGCAAAGGAGCUUGCCGAUGCUUUUGAACGUGAAUCGUUGUUGGCUGGUUGGAUGAUUGAGUCAAAGGGCCCGUUUGUUCUUCGCCGUCCUGCUCAAGUGGAGGCUGUCCCGUUGAAACUCAGUACCAAAAAGAGUGCAGGUGCAUCUGUAGGUGUCAAGCUGGACUUUUUAUUUAAGAAACCCGAAAAGCAGAACACACUGUCGAAGAACGAUGUACUGAAGGCAGCCCAGGAAGAGGAAGAAGGUGAGGACGAUCUGUAUGAUGAGGACGCUCUUGUAAGCGACGAAGAAACUCAACUCGGUAAGGAUGUCCUCGCUCCUCCGUCUACUUGUUCGAAACCCGGUAAAAAGAAGCGCUGCAAGAACUGCACAUGUGGCCAGCGUGAGCAGGACGAAGCAGAGGCGGCUGCGGCGUCUGCUGCUGCUCCUAAGGCUGUCAAACUCACCGAUACAAUGGAGAUCGAUUUUACCGAGCUACUGAAGAGCAAAAAUGCUGUAUCCAGUUGUGGAAGCUGUUACUUGGGCGAUGCUUUUCGCUGCAGCGGCUGUCCUUACAUCGGGCUGCCCGCCUUUAAACCUGGUGAGCAAGUUCUUAUUUCUGAAAACCGCGACAAGCUUUCCUGGAUGGCUGAUGAUUUGUAAAAUAUAUAGGAUUGGAAAAAAAAAGAACAACUAAAUAUAUAUCAAAAAAGGGCAUGGUUUUACUGUUAUCAUAAAGUGUCUCGGAGUUACCAGUGUGCCAUCGUUCCAACCGUCCAACUCGGAACCAUUGGGAGGAAAGACACCCGUCAUUUUUAUUGCUGGUCAGUUUUGUCUAUUGUUGUUGUGUGUGUUUGAGACGGAGAAAUCUUGCAGCUAAGUGUGUUCCGUUUCUCUCACAUUGCGUUGCUUCAUAACCGGGGAACGCUACCCCUCCGAUGUGUCACCGUUCUUGGAAGCGAGAAGACGUGUCUGAAGCGUUUCCUUCUUCCUUCAUUUCUCGUUGUAAUAGCUUGAUCAAUUUCUAAUAGUUAGUACUAAGAAAAAAACUGCUUAAGUGGAACCAGGAGCAGGAUUCGGUAGUAAUUGGUACCUUUAGCAGUAAAGCU